CGGGAAUGAGCCGGAACACAUUCAAAUCUACCGGAACAAGAAGAAGAAGCGCGCCACCGUCCCGGAAGUGAUAUGAUCGGGAGUCCUCGGCAGGCUAACCGAUAUUAGCAGAGCUUCAACAUGGGCAGCCGAGGAGCUGAGAGACACAGAGAGGAGGAGGAGGAGGAAGAGCAGGAGGACUUCUACGACUGUCAGGAGACUCUGGAGCCUCCAGGCAGAAGAGCUGAGGAGGAGGAGGCGCUGGGCGAAAGGCUGCAGGAGGAGCUGCUGAGUGACAGGCUGCAGGAGGAGACCCUGGGUGACAGGCUGCAGGAGGAGACCCUGGGUGACAGGUUGCAGGAGGAGACGCUGGGCGAAAGGCUGCAGGAGGAGCUGCUGAGUGACAGGCUGCAGGAGGAGACCCUGGGUGACAGGCUGCAGGAGGAGACGCUGGGCGAAAGGCUGCAGGAGGAGCUGCUGAGUGACAGGCUGCUGGAGGAGACCCUGGGCGAAAGGCUGCAGGAGGAGACGCUGGGCGAAAGGCUGCAGGAGGAGCUGCUGAGUGACAGGCUGCAGGAGAUGACACUGGGCGAAAGGCUGCAGGGGGAGCUGCUGAGUGACAGGCUGCAGGAGAUGACGCUGGGCGAAAGGCUGCAGGGGGAGCUGCUGAGUGACAGGCUGCAUGAGGAGACGCUGGGUGACAGGCUGCAGGAGGAGCUGCUGGGUGACAGGCUGCAGGAGGAGCUGCUGGGCGAUAAGCUGCAGGAGGACCUGCUGGGUGACAGGCUGCAGGAGGAGGCGCUGGGCGAAAGGCUGCAGGAGGAGCUGCUGGGCGAUAGGCUGCAGGAGGAGACGCUGGGUGACAGGCUGCAGGAGGAGACACUGGGUGACAGGCUGCAGGAGGAGACACUGGGCGACAGGCUGCAGGAGGAGACACUGGGCGACAGGCUACAGGAGGACUCAGAUUCAGAGAUGAAGGAGGAGAUCAGUCGGGAGGUGGAGUUUGACGAGGACUAUCUGAGGGAGGUGGAGAAGGAGCUGACAGAGGAGGAGAAGGAGGUGACUCCUGUUUACAUCACUGUUUGUUUGUUUUAACCACCAGAGAAUCAGCUUAUUCAGAGUACUGCAGGAGUAAACAAACAAACAAACAACACAUGUCCUCAUAAACCACAUAAACCAGAACCAGGUCUUAAUAAAUCAGGACUCUGGGGGGAUGUGAGGCACUCAGUCUGUGUUACUGUCAGGUGUACAACGGGGCGUUCAGGUGUAGAGUGAGGCGUUCAGGUAUAGAGGGGCGGUCAGGUGUAGAAAGAGGCAUUCAGGUGUAGAGUGAGGCAUUCAGGUAUAGAGGGGCGGUCAGGUGUAGAAAGAGGCGUUCACGUGUAGAACGAGAUGUUUAGGUGUAGAAAGAGGCGUUCAGGUGUAGAACGAGAUUUUCAGGUGUAGAGUAAGGCGCUCAGGUAUAGAAGGAGGCGUUCAGGUGUAGAAAGAGAUGUUCAGGUGUAGAGUAAGGCGCUCAGGUGUAGAACGAAAUGUUCAAGUAUAGAGUAAGGCGCUCAGGUAUAGAAGGAGGCGUUCAGGUGUAGAACGAGAUGUUCAGGUGUAGAGUAAAGCGUUCAGGUGUAGAAGGAGGCGUUCAGGUAUAGAACAAGAUGUUCAGGUGCAGAAGGAGGCGUUCAGGUGUAGAAGAAGAUGUUCAGGUGUAGAGUCUGGUCCCUCUUCUCCACACUUUGGGCUCUAGUUUCGCAGUCCGGGCGAGGCGGGGGCGCAGCGCACCUGCGCUUCGCCAACUGGGUAUGGCCAGGUGGAUUUUGCAAGUUUGGCACACCGUCCGUGCUGGCGCAGCUACUCGUCUGUCCCACCUCCGUCCCUCCUACCUGCGCAAGUCGGAAAGAGGGACUAGAGAAGGCGUGGAGUGGGUUUUACACACAUCACACCAAUCAAAAUGAGCCCCUCUCCUCGUCCUUAAAUGCGCUGCACGAAGGCAUAAUGAGAGUUUACUCAAUUCGCCAUGGCAGAAGAGAGCAGCAGCGUCAGACGGCCAAACUUCUCCCAGGAGGAAACUGAUGUUUUGGUCUGGGAGGUCCAAGCUCGCAGUGUCCGAACAUACGGAACUGCGAGCAGACCUCCACGGGCUGAUGAUGCAAAGGUAGCCUGGGAGGAGGUCACCACAAUUGUAAAUCAAUGAUGCGUUUCUCUCGUGCGCGCGCGCUCUCUCUUUCUCUCUCGCAGUCUCACUCUGUUUCUUUUCUUUUGACUUUUCUAAGAUGACAGAUGCUGAAUAUAUACUCCCUAUCUGAUGCUGUGGCUGUUUGUGGUUGGCUGAGAGGGAUGUGAACUCAUUAGUUUGCAGCUGUGUUAAUCAAAUCAGGUUGGGUUUCCAUUACGCGUGCCAAACGUGCCAAACGGUGCCAAUCCCCUUUGAUCUGACAUCAGAUGUGACGGGACAGUCGAUAUAGAGAUACAUUUAUGUGCUGAUUGCAGAUAGUUGCAUUGAAUAGUGUUUUUGUGGCUAUUUAUUGCAUCGUUAAUGUGCCUGAUAUUCUGGAAACCUGCCUGUGAGGUUUUGGUGACGUGUGCGCACUGUCCGCCGGUCAGCCAAACUUCGCCUUACACCAGCUGUGCUCCGCCUGCGCUGACAGUAGACCUGGUUUCAGAUGGCGAGCUUUUAGCGCACCUUCAGCGAAGCCUUUUGGCACGAAACUGUCACUGCGCCAAGCUGGAUCUGUCGACACCUCCCCCUGCUGCGCCACCACACCCAUCUCAGUGCACCUCGGCCUGCCAAACUACCAAACUGAGUGCGCCUCGGCUUGCGCUGCUCGAAACUAGCUCUGCGUGGGGUGAGAUGUUCAGGUGUGGAACGAGGCAUUCAGGUGUAGAGUGAGGUGUUCAGGUGUAGAGUGAGGCGUUCAGGUAUAGAGGGGCAUUCAGGUGUAGAAAGAGGCAUUCAGGUGUAGAAAGAGGCAUUCAGGUGUAGAACGAGAUGUUCAGGUGUAGAGUGAGGCGUUCAGGUGAAGAAAGAGGCGUUCAGGUGUUGAACGAGACAGUCAGGUGUAGAACGAGGUGUUCAGGUGUAGAACAAGGCGUUCAGGUGUAGAGUGAGGCGUUUAGGUGUAGAGUGAGGCGCUCAGGUGUAGAAGGAAGCUUUCAGGUGUAGAAAGAGGCGUUCAGGUGUAGAACGAGGCGUUCAGGUGUAGAGUGAGGUGUUCAGGUGUAGAACAAGAUAUUCAGGUGUAGAGUGAGGCGUUCAGGUAUAGAGGGGCAUUCAGGUGUAGGAAGAGGCAUUCAGGUGUAGAACGAGAUGUUCAGGUGUAGAGCGAGGCGUUCAGGUGUAGAAAAAGGUGUUCAGGUGUAGAAAGAGGCGUUCAGGUGUAGAAUGAGAUGUUCAGGUGUGGAACGAGGCAUUCAGAUGUAGAGUGAGGCGUUCAGGUGUAGAAAGAGGCGUUCAGGUGUUGAACGAGACAGUCAGGUGUAGAACGAGGUGUUCAGGUGUAGAACAAGGCGUUCAGGUGUAGAGUGAGGCGUUUAGGUGUAGAGUGAGGCGCUCAGGUGUAGAAGGAAGCUUUCAGGUGUAGAAAGAGGCGUUCAGGUGUAAAACGAGAUGUUCAGGAGUAGAACGAGGCGUUCAGGUGUAGAGUGAGACGUUCAGGUGUAGAACGAGAUGUUAAGGUGUAGAGUAAGGCGCUCAGGUAUAGAAGGAGGCGUUCAGGUGUAGAACGAGAUGUUCAGCUUUAGAGUAAAGCGCUCAGGUGUGGAAGGAGGCAUUCAGGUAUAGUAGGAAGCGUUCAGGUAUAGAACAAGAUGUUCAGGUGCAGAGUAAAGCGUUCAGGUAUAGAAGGAGGCGUUCAGGUGUAGAACGAGAUGUUCAGGUUUAGAGUAAAGCGCUCAGGUGUGGAAGGAGGCGUUCAGGUAUAGUAGGAAGCGUUCAGGUAUAGAACAAGAUGUUCAGGUGCAGAGUAAAGCGUUCAGGUAUAGAAGGAGGCGUUCAGGUGUAGAACGAGAUGUUCAGGUUUAGAGUAAAGCGCUCAGGUGUGGAAGGAGGCGUUCAGGUAUAGAACAAGAUGUUCAGGUGCAGAGUAAAGCGUUCAGGUGUGGAAGGAGGCGUUCAGGUGUAGAACGAGAUGUUCAGGUGUACAACGGGGCGUUCGGGUGUAGAACGAGGCGUUAAGGUGUACAACAAGGCGUUCAAGUGUAGAACGAGGUUUUCAGGUGUACAAUGGGGCGUUCAGGUGUAGAACGAGAUGUUCAGGUGUAGAACGAGGCAUUCAGGUGUAGAGUGAGGUGUUCAGGUGUAGAGUGAGGCGUUCAGGUAUAGAGGGGCAUUCAGGUGUAGAAAGAGGCAUUCAGGUGAAGAAAGAGGCAUUCAGGUGUAGAACGAGAUGUUCAGGUGUAUAACGAGAUGUCCAGGUGUAGAGUGAGGCGUUCAGGUAUAGAGGGGCAUUCAGGUGUAGAAAGAGGCAUUCAGGUGUAGAAUGAGAUGUUCAGGUGUGGAACGAGGCGUUCAGGUGUAGAACAAGGCACUCAGGUGUAAAGUGAGGCGCUCAGGUGUAGAAGGAAGCGUUCAGGUAUAGAAAGAGGCGUUCAGGUGUAGAAUGAGAUGUUCAGGUGUAGAAUGAGAUGUUCAGGUGUAGAACGAGAUCUUAAGGUGUAGAGUAAGGUGCUCAGGUAUAGAAGGAGGCGUUCAGGUGUAGAACGAGAUGUUCAGGUGUAGAGUAAAGCGUUCAGGUGUAGAACGAGAUCUUAAGGUGUAGAAUAAAGCGCUCAGGUGUGGAAGGAGGCGUUCAGGUAUAGAACAAGAUGUUCAGGUGUACAGUAAAGCGUUCAGGUGUGGGAAGAGAUGUUCAGGUGUACAACGGGGUGUUCGGGUGUAGAAUGAGGCGUUAAGGUGUAGAAUGAGGUGUUCAGGUGUAGAACGAGAUGUUCAGGUGCAGAGUAAAGCAUUCAGGUGUAGAACGAGAUGUUCAGGUGUACAACGGGGCGUUCGGGUGUAGAAUGAGGCGUUAAGGUCUAGAAUGAGGUGUUUAGGUGUACAACAAGGCGUUCAGGUGUAGAACGGGGUGUUCAGGUGUAGAACGAGAUGUUCAGGUGCAGAGUGAGACGUUCAGGUAUAGAGGGGCCUUCAGGUGUAGAAAGUGGCAUUCAAGUGUAGGACGAGAUGUUCAGGUGUAGAGUGAGGCGUUCAGGUGUAGAAUGAGAUGUUCAGGUGUGGAACGAGGCGUUCAGGUGUAGAGUGAGGCAUUCAGGUGUAAAAAGAGGCGUUCAGGUGUAGAACGAGACAGUCAGGUGUAGAACGGGGCGUUCAGGUGUAGAACAAGGCGUUCAGGUGUAGAAUCAGAUGUUCAGGUGUAGAAGGAAGCGUUCAGGUGUAGAAAGAGGCGUUCAGGUAUAGAAUCAGAUGUUCAGGUGUAGAACGAGAUGUUAAGGUGUAGAGUAAGGUGCUCAGGUAUAGAAGGAGGCGUUCAGGUGUAGAACGAGAUGUUCAGGUGUAGAGUAAAGCGCUCAGGUGUGGAAGGAGGCGUUCAGGUAUAGAACAAGAUGUUCAGGUGCAGAGUAAAGCGUUCAGGUGUGGAAGGAGGCGUUCAGGUGUAGAACGAGAUGUUCAGGUGUACAACGGGGCGUUCGGGUGUAGAACGAGGCGUUAAGGUGUAGAACGAGGUGUUUAGGUGUACAACAAGGCGUUCAGGUGUAGAACGAGGUGUUCAGGUGUACAAUGGGGCGUUCAAGUGUAGAACGAGAUGUUCAGGUGUAGAUCGAGGCAUUCAAUGAGGCAUUCAGGUGUAGAGUGAGGUGUUCAGGUGUAGAACGAGAUGUUCAGGUGUAGAGUGAGGUGUUCAGGUAUAGAGGGGCGUUCAGGUGUAGAAAGAGGCAUUCAGGUGUAGAACGAGAUGUUCAGGUGUAGAGUGAGGCGUUCAGGUGUAGAAAAAGGCGUUCAGGUGUAAAAAGAGGCGUUCAGGUGUAGAACAAGGCGUUCAGGUGUAGAGUGAGACGCUCAGGUGUAGAAGGAAGCGUUCAGGUUUAGAAAGAGGUGUUCAGGUGUAGAAUGAGAUGUUCAGAAGUAGAACGAGGCGUUCAGGUGUAGAGUGAGGCGUUCAGGUGUAGAACGAGACGUUAAGGUGUAGAGUAAGGCGCUCAGGUAUAGAAGGAGGCGUUCAGGUGUAGAACGAGAUGUUAAGGUGUAGAGUAAAGCAUUCAGGUGUAGAACAAGAUGUUCAGGUGUAGAGUAAAGCGUUCAGGUGUAGAACGAGAUGUUCAGGUGUAGAGUAAAGCGUUCAGGUGUAGAAGGAGGCGUUCAGGUAUAGAACAAGAUGUUCAGGUGUAGAGUAAGUCGUUCAGGUGUGGAAGGAGGCGUUCAGGUAUAGAACAAGAUGUUCAGGUGUAGAGUAAAGCGUUCAGGUGUAGAAGGAGGCAUUCAGGUAUAGAACAAGAUGUUCAGAUGUAGAGUAAAGCGUUCAGGUGUAGAAGGAGGCAUUCAGGUAUAGAACAAGAUGUUCAGAUGUAGAGUAAAGCGUUCAGGUGUAGAACAAGAUGUUCAGGUGUAAAGCGUUCAGGUGUAGAACGAGAUGUUCAGGUGUAGAACGAGGCGUUAAGGUGUAGAACGAGAUGUUCAGGUGUAGAAAGAGGCGUUAAGGUGUAGAACGAGGUGUUUAGGUGUACAACGGGGCGUUCAGGUGUAGAACGAGGCGUUCAGGUGUAGAACGGGGCGUUCAGGUGUACAACAAGAUGUUCAGGUGUAGAACGAGGCGUUCAAUGAGGCAUUCAGGUGUAGAGUGAGGUGUUCAGGUGUAGAACGAGGCGUUCAGGUGUACAACGGGGCGUUCAGGUGUAGAACGAGGCGUUCAGGUGUAGAACGAGGCGUUCAGGUGUACAACGGGGCGUUCAGGUGUACAACAAGAUGUUCAGGUGUAGAACGAGGCGUUCAAUGAGGCAUUCAGGUGUAGAGUGAGGUGUUCAGGUGUAGAAUGAGAUGUUCAGGUGUAGAGUGAGGUGUUCAGGUAUAGAGGGGCAUUCAGGUGUAGAAAGAGGCAUUCAGGUGUAGAACGAGAUGUUCAGGUGUAGAGUGAGGCGUUCAGGUAUAGAGGGGCGUUCAGGUGUAGAAAGAAGCGUUCAGGUGUAGAACAAGAUGUUCAGGUGUACAACGGGGCGUUCGGGUGUAGAACGAGAUGUUAAGAUGUAGAGUGAGGCAUUCAGGUGUAGCGUGAACUGUUCACGUGUAGAACGAAAUGUUCAGGUUUAGAACGAGGCUUUCAGAUGUAGAAAGAGGUGUUCAGGUGUACAACCAACGAGAUGUUCAGGUGUAGAAGGAGGCAUUCAGGUAUAGAGUGAGGCGUUCAGGUGUAGAAUGAGAUGUUAAGGUGUAGAGUGAUGCAUUCAGGUGUAGAAAGAGGCGUUCAUGUGUAGAAAGAGGCGUUCAGGUGUAGAACGAGAUGUUCAGGUGUACUGUGAGGCGUUCAGGUGUAGAAUGAAGCGUUCAGAUGUCGACUGUGAGUCUUUUAAUCAGAUGUUUGUUGUGUUUCAGAGUCGACGGCAGCAGAGUUUAACUCUGAAGGAAAAAGGAAACAGUCAGUUUAAAGCUGGAGAGUGGCGGGAGGCGGAGCGCAGCUACACGGAGGCAUUGGUUUUAUGUCCAGUUUGUUUCAGCAAAGAGAGAUCGGUGCUGUUUUCCAACAGAGCUGCUGCAAGGCUGCAUCUGGAUCUGAAGGAUCAGGCGAUCUCAGACUGCACCUCAGCAAUAAAGCUGAAUCCAGAAUAUGUGCGGGCGUUGCUGAGGAGGGCAGAGCUUUACGAGCAGACAGAGAAGCUGGACGAGGCUCUGGAGGACUACAAGAAGGUCCUGGACCUGGACCCAACCCAGACCAGUGCCAGACAGGCCUGCAUG